UAACAACAGAUACUACAGGGAAAGUCCUAAAGGCAUCUUCGUUCGAAUAGGAAGCGAGUACGCAGAGGAAGACGGUCAAGUCAUAACAAUAUCUAAGUUGCACUUCCAUCCUGACUACGAUCCUGUAACAUUAAAGAAUAACUUGCUAAUUUUGAGAAUGGAGAAAGAAAUUAAUUUUAACAAGAAAAGAAUUAGAAGAAUUAAGUAUGAUCGAACUGCAAGUGCAUUGGCUGGUAGUGUCAUUGCUGUUACUGUUUUGGGAUGGGGUGAUACAGAUUUAUUACAGAACUCAAGUAAACAGCCAUUUUCAAAAUCAGAAAUUGACGUCUACAAUCUCGAAGCGUGUAAAGAGAUUUAUACAGAACAUUACGUAACGAAUCUUAAUUUCUGCGCUGGAUAUAGCUCAAAAGGAAGUGGAGCCUGUAAUAGAGACGUCGGUGGACCCGGUGUCGUAAGCAAUACACUGGUUGGAGUGAUAAGCUUCGGUUCACCGGUUUGUGGGGCUCAUGACUCGCCAACGGUGUUCACUAAGCUGGGAUACUAUGCAGAAUGGAUUGAUGGAAUAGUAAAACAUAACGGUAUCCCGCUUAGAAGAUCCCUAAAUGCUUUAAAGAAACGAAAUCAUAAAACAAAAAACAUACGGCGUAAACGAAUAAAGAAGGAACACAAAAUUAAAAAACCCUCACAAUUUGGGAACAAGAACUUGAGAUUCUCGAAAAAAAUUAACACUUUAACCGAAAUUUUACGUAAUUAGUUCCUAUCAAACUUUAGCCUGAUAGAAGAUAUACUGUACGGUGAUCUAAACGACGGAUUCAAUGAAGUAUUCAACACCCCAGUGACUUCGUCCAUGACAAACAAUCCAUUUGCUAACAAUACAAUAUUUUUCUUACCAAGCUAUUCUGAAAGUAGUAGACAAACUAAAUCAAUUAUCUUGACUACUUCACAAAAAAAGAACAUUCCUAUAAAUUAUCCAAAUAACGUCGAUUUCGACCUAGACGCUCCUUAUCGUUGGACAACGUUAUCUUAUAAAAUAACGCCACACCCAACAGUCACUUACAAAGAAUAUAUUAAGCUUUUUACAGAAAAAUUCAAAGGUACUAAAAGGAGUGAAGAAGAGAAAGACAGUGAAAAUGAUUCUUCUGAUAUUGAAGACAGGAGUGAUAAAGACGAAAGCGUUUCAGAUAAUUAUGAAAUUAAAACUCAUUAUAGUGAUUCUAAAGGUCUGAGUAUUGAGAUUGAUACAACAAAAAAUGAUGUAUACCAUGCCAAAACAGAAAAGAAUACGAUUAAAAAAAAGAACACACAACCUUUUAAAAGAAAAAUCCGAAAAGAGACUAUUAACAAGAAACAAUAUACACACAAAUAUGAUAAACCACAAAUUGAUAAAGAUAAAAUCAAUUCCUUACCUAGUAAAACAAACAGCGACAUCUUUCGAGUAACACAGUUGAUUUUGGAUAACGAGUGAUGAGCAUACAGUUAUAAGUUAUUGUC